AUGGCUUCGAAUGAAUCCAUCAACGAGGAUGAAUUUUCAUCUCUGUGCACAUACAACGACACUGUGGAUGCUUACAUGUACCCUACAGCCUACGGUCUGUUUUUCAUCUUCGGACUUCCAGGUAACUGUUUGUCCUUGUAUGUAGCAUGGGUGUUAAUGCGAAGAGGAAACACCCUGGCAGUGUACUUGGUCAGUCUGUCCGUGUCUGAUCUGCUAUACAUCAUUACUCUGCCUGUAUGGAUCAUGCUAGCUAUAAGGCAGCCAGUAAAUGACACUAUUUGCAGUCUCAUUGAAGUCAUCAUGUACAAUAGUUUCUAUGUUGGAUCAGGCCUACUUUGCUGCAUCUCUGUGGACCGCUAUCUUGCUGUGGUCUUCCCUCUACACUUUACCAAGGUACACAAGGUUCGAACAGCCAUACUGGUCAGCACAAUUGUAUGGCUAAUUGAAAUCGUUUUACACAUUGGACUUUUAGCAUACACAUCAGAACUGCAAACAUUCUCAUCUAGUCGACUGUGUGAUACUAGAAUACCCAUGACCACACAAUCAGCCCACGCAGCGAUAGUGAGAGCAGUACUUGGAUUUCUUAUCCCCACAUUCCUGAUGGCAUUUUGCUUUCAGCAGAUAGUCGUAUCUCUGCAAAAGAGUGUAUCCACAGUGGCCAGUGAACGCCAAAAGAUCCGCAACCUGCUUCUGCUUCUUUUCCUAAUAUACAUGGUGUCUUUUACCCCCUUCCAGGUCGUCAUGUUUCUUAGGGGGUUGUUGGAGCCUGAAAGCUGUGACUAUGCCAAAGGUUUCAGAGACUACUACAUGGUAUUUGUUGCAACCACAACAAUUAAUAGUGUGGCAGAUCCAGUAGUUUACUGCUUAAUGACAGAAAGUGCCAAGGCAGAAAUCCUGAGGAUUUUUACAAGCUUUCGGACACAGUUCCACAAAACUGUUUCCAUAAUGAGAUCAUCUUCCUCCUCUACUGCAUGA